AUGGAGGUCGAUAUAGUGGAACCUCUAGAAUGUGUAGCCUCGGACGAUUCAGAAAACUUUUCAUACGAACAAGAAGACUUAGCCGGCGAUGUCGCAGGCCAUGCUCACGAGCCGAGCAAGGUCGCGCAGCUGUCGGAUGUUACAGAUGUUGGAAGUGAUGAGAUGGAGCUUGGUGAUGAGUUACCAGAUCAUGGUUGCUUACAAGAAGAUGAGAUACCAAGAGUUGGAAUGCGGUUUGCUCAUUUACAGAUGGCUCAUGACUUUUAUGUGACCUAUGCAAAGAAAGCUGGAUUUGCAACUAAGAUAAGGACGACAACAUUUGAUAAGAUCACAAAGGCUCCCAUUAACCAAGCUAUACACUGUAAUCAUGAUGGGAUCCGCGAGUCUCGUGUUAAAGCACCAACGCGGAAGAAUACGAUUUCAGCUGCUGGGUGCAAGGCAAGGAUAUAUGUAAAGUUUGAUAAAGAUGUGCAAGACUGGGUUUUGCUCAAGGUCGACUUGACGCACUCUCACUCCUGUUCACCGAAAAAGGCAGUGCACUACCAUGAGUAUAGGCAGUUGACCAUGCAUGCGAAGUGCGUGAUUAAGGAUAAUGAUGAGGCUGGGAUUCGACCAAACAAGGCAUUCCUUGCUUUGUCAAAUGAAGCUGGUGGCCCCUCUAACUUGGGAUUCUCAGAGAAGGAUUUAAGAAAUUAUAUAACAGCAAGGCUCCGAACUAGCAACAUGAAUGCGGAUGUCAGGGAGAUGAUGAGCUACUUUAGGAGAAUGAAGGACAUCAAUCCGAACUUCUUUUACGCGGUGAAGGUGGACGAUGAGUGUAAAUUUAAGAGUGCAGUAUGGGUUGAUGCAAGGUGUAGGGCGUCGUAUGAAUACUAUGGAGACGUCGUGUCAGUUGAUAGCACGUACAGUACAAAUAGGUACGUAGUAGUUAAGUUGUUGUUUUUACCUUUUCUUGCUAAUACGCUUUUUGAUCGUGAUUGGCAUUUCUUACAUCUGGUUGGUUUUUCUGGUAGGCAUGGAUUACCGUUUGUGUCAUUCAUUGGGGUCAACCACCAUGGUAGGUCGACCCUCCUCGGUUGUGCUUUGUUGGGGAAUGAAGAAAUCGGAAGUUAUGAGUGGGUUUUUAGCCAAUGGGUGAAGUGCAUGGGAACUGCUCCAAAGUGUAUCAUAACCGAUCAAUGUCGAUCCCUUUACCGUGCGAUCAAAAAUACUUUACCCGACACACGCCAUCGGUGGUGUAUUUGGCAUAUUAUGAAUAAGCUACCUUCGAAGCUUGGGGGUUACCGCCGGUACGGAGCUUUGUAUGGUGACCUAAACGACAUUGUGUGGAACUCUCGGACGGAGGAGUCAUUUGAAGAUGAUUGGGCUGAUUUUAUAGAUGAGUAUAACUUACAUAACAACACAUGGCUGUCAGAUUUGUAUGAUGACCGACGCAUGUGGGUCCCAAUAUACUUCAAGGGUGAAUUUUGGACAGGAAUGCGGAGUACGCAAAGGAGUGAGAGCAUGCACGCAUUCUACGGUGGAUACUUACACAGUAAAACUAGCUUGGUCCAAUUUGUUCAUGAAUAUGACAAUGUGCUUGGAGUCAAGGAGCAGAGGGAACUGGAGGAUGAUGCUAUGACUCGAGGGGGGGAUGUUCAAAUUGAGUUUGUGAGGAAGGCUAACUGCAGAGUUUCUGCAGUUGAUGAACAGGGUCCAUUGGUCUGCGUGAAGGUGGAAGAGGAGAAACUACUCAAUGAUACUAUUCUAUGCAUUCCAUACGAUGUUCACUUUGACCGUUCCACACAGGAGCUUCGUUGUGAGUGCAAUCUUUUUGAGAGUUCAGGUGUGUUGUGCUGUCACUGCCUUGAAGUUUUUCAUUCGUAUAAAGUGUACAAAGUACCUUCCUGUUAUAUUCUUCCUCGAUGGAGCAAGAACAUAAAGCGCAAGCAUACGUAUGUCAAAAGUAGCCAUGAUGUCAGUCGGUCGGAUGAGAGUCAUGUUGCAUUCAGGGGACUGUGUGCACACUUCUAUAAUGUUGCUCAAGAGUUCCUCGGUGAUGAUGAAGAAACAGUAUUGCUGCAUGUUGCUUUGGAAGAAACAAGGGCCAAGUUGGCUACGCACCGUGCAAAAAAGAGGUCCGAGAGCGUGGCAGAGACUCAGACCAACAUUGGCUCUCAGAAUUCGAACGAUGUCGGUGUUGAUGACAUCCAAAGCCCAUCGAAGGUCACCACAAAGGGCAGGCCAAAGAGUAAGAGGCUUGGCUAUGCCCUUGAGAAGUCCAUCAAGAAUUCAAGACGGAGAAAACAAAAGAAUUCACCCCCGGUGGUUCGUCCGCACACAUUUCAAGAUAUAAACCAUUGUGCUGUUUCUGGCUUGAAUGUUCCCGAACAAGCCGGUGGUUUCAUGUCUUUGUUAAGCUCCUUCAAUAAAAAGUGGGAUUAG